AUGGAGGUUUUGAGUGGAUUAGCGGAAGCGAAGAAGAGAUUACAUGAGGAGAGAAAGAAAGAGAUCGAUACGACAAAGGAGGAGAUCAUUCGUAUUGAGAAACAAAAGCUUGAAGUUGAACUUAGGAAAGAGAAAAGGGAACAAAAGAAAGAAGAAUUUGAGAAACAAAAGCUUGAGGUUGAACUUAGGAAAGAGGAAAGGGAGCAAAAGAAAGAAGAAUUUGAGAAACAAAAGCUUGAGGUUGAACUUAGGAAAGAGGAAAGGGAGCAAAAGAAAGCAGAAUUUGAAAAACAAAAGCUUGAGGUUGAACUUAGGAAAGAGGCAUACUGCUUAUACAGACAAAACAAACUAGAUGAAGCUUUGGAGUCCUUGAAAAGCCUAGAGGGGAAUUCUACAGCCAUGUUGUUAGAGUCUCAGAUUCUGUAUCGUCUGGGAAAAAUGGACGCUUGCAUGGAUAUUUAUCACAAGCUUCAAAAAUCCAAGAGUGAAUCAUUAGAAAUAAACUCUGUUGCUAGUUUGGUCGCCUCUGGGAGGGCUUCUGAAGUGCAAAGAAUGAUGGAUACACUUAGGGUCAAAGCAACUAGCAGUUUUGAGUUGGCAUUCAACACUGCUUGUUCUUUAAUUGAAAGUAACAAGUACACAGAUGCAGAACAACUAUUGCUGUCAGCCCGAAGGUAA